UGUCCUGUUGAGUUUUGUUGAUGGAAAUGCUCAUCAUACUCCUGCUGUCAUGGUUAACCAUGGGCUCUACGGUACCAGUCCUUCCCAGUGACCUUCCUCCCAAGAUGUUACAGGCUCAAACACUUCAACCUCUUGAAGUCACAAAUCAGACACCUGACGCUCAGACGCCAGCCCCUCAGGUGGAGCAACCACAGCCUGGUGUAGCCCUGCAACCAGGGGCCCAGGUCCAGGAUGGCCUCCAGUUUCUGCCUCCGACACAGUUCUACAGCUGGUAUCCACUAGGGGGCGGUCCAAUGUUUUCUCCUAUGCAGCCCAGUAUCCAAGGCUCUACUAUUAACCAGCCAUCAAUCCCACAGCAGCCCCUGUUUUUCUAUCCUCAAGGAUACUUUCCUUUUUUAUCAUCACCAUACAUGAAUCAACAGUUUUCUCCGUAUGGAUUCAACAGGACUCCUCAAAAUGUAGCAAUUCAACCUCAGAAGAGUCCAGUGUCACCUGCAGAAACCCCCGCUGCAGCCUCACCUGUGGGAAAUACACCUCAGCCAAUGCAGCAACAACAGAAAUCCCAAAUUGUUUACAUGCUCCAACAGUCCAUGAACCUUCCAGUUGGCAGUCUCAGCUCAGAAGAACUCGAGAUGGCAGCUAACACAGGCCAGCUGGGUGUGUACCUGACCUCUGUGCUCACAAGCCCACCUGUGAGUGCAGUUCAGCCUGUAAACCAAGCCGCUGGGCUGAAAAACCCAGAACAGCAAAACACAGUGCCAACUGCUGAGACCUCGUCAGCUGGAGUGGCAGCGACACAGAGCCUACAGCCCAACACUAACGGGAUCCCUGCAGGUUUGGGGGGACCAACGCAGGUGGCAGCCACAGUACAAACACCUGUACAAGCCGAACUCCAACCCACACAGGCAAACCUUGUCUGAGGAAGCAGCCAGUAGCAAAGAUAACAAAUAACUUACUGAUAAUUAAACUACACAGAUUCAAUGAUGAAACAAAGACUAAAAACAAGACAGAGUAGUUUUUCAUGCAGUAGUCUUUACCAUUGCUUAUUUAAUAAGUUUACAUUAGAGCAAGCCUGUUAUACUAGGGUUGUUUUCCUGUUUGAAAUGAAGUGUAUUCUUUGCUUGUUUUCAGGAUUUUUGUUGAAGUAAUCCUACUUUUCAUCCUGCUUCAAAUGAUUUUCUGGCAAACCAGAGGACAAUGCUCAAGUAUUAUAGUUCUUCUACAUAGUGCAACUUCAUUUAAAGUCCUGUUUGUAUC